GGGCCUGUUGCCAGUAACCCGCUUACCCCCGGGCGUCUGCACGCCGGCUUUGCCGCUGUUGUUUCGCGGCUGGCCGGGUGCUGGUAAUUCGUUAUCCUUGCCCGGGGGCGAGCUCUCCACUGACCAUGCGGUCCGCGGCCUGCUGUUGUGCAGGCCGUUGCCGCUUUGGUGUUUGUCGUUGAUAUCAAUCUCGCAAAACCCCUCCCGACAAGAGGACGGACACUACCCAAGUUCUUGGGCGGCCUGUCGAUUUUUUGCAGUUGUUCUUUCAUGCCGUCGUGUGUUUGUGUUUUUUUCUUGUGGUGCGCAAAGUCUGAUUACUGAGGACAACGACCACUCGGAGCAAGAGCAUGGCAACGGCAUCUAUUAA